GUCUAUCUCGUCUAACCAUGAAACAUCAACCUGACGAGUCACGAAUGCCAACAAAAGUAAAAACUCCAGUUCUUUUCCCCUCCGUGCUGCCCACCGACGGAGGAGGCACGGGGCAUGUGAGCCAUCUUAAGGACUGAUAGUCAAGCAUUCCCAUCUAUUGCCGUCCAUUCAAUGCCACACCGCACAAUCUCGUACCCAACUACCCAACACACCAGACGAACGCGAAUCAGUCACCCCUUCAGGGUUGUCCCUCCGCCCUCCGAUAGUUUCACCCGUGGAAGGCAGCAGAAGCCGCCGAGAGAAUGGGAAAAAAAAGCACUGGCAUUGCGAACGACUCAAAAUGACCGCUCCAAUUGGCCAACGCCCUCGGUCGCGUCGGUCGAGCAUAGCAAAGGAGGCAAGCGGAGCCCGCGAAGAUGAAGUGGUGCAUCGGGAGCUAAGAGCUUAGCCUCGGAGCGUUCCAG